AUGUCGAGAAAGUUGAUUAUAGGUGGUGCUACUAUAGUGGCAGGUUAUGCGCUUUACGAGUAUACUCUCAGAAAGCAGCAGCAGCGUACAGGUCUAGCGUAUCCCCAAAGUUACGACACUCGUACUUUUGAGCGUAAGGGAGAAGAAGCUGGCGCUAAGAUUGAUGAUUUUAGAAACAAGACUCAAAAUCAGCUUUCGCAGUGGAAAAGCGAGGCCGACCAGAAACUUACGAAUGCACUUUCGGAGGCAGAGCGGACCAAAGCUGAAAAGACACAGUGGCUUGGAGACCAAGUUCAAGGUGUCGAGGAUUCCAUACGCAGCAAGCGCGACCGUUAUUUAGAGCGUUCUGGCGAGUUAAACGCCAUUGUUGAGGAACAAAAACAAGAAAACCAACCCAACAAAUUAGUGCGGAUUGUCAGGAAUGCCAAGGAUAGCAUUUCUUCUGAUAUCCAUAACAUUAAGCAGGGUGUCUCUGAAGACGCUUCAAGUAUCAAGGACGCCCUAGUUGGUACCAAGCGUAAGUCAGAAGACGCCGUAUCCGACACCACUGACCGUGCGAAGGAGACUGUAGAACAAGUUAAGCGCAAGGGUGGCGAUGCCGUUUCUGCGGCCUCCGAAACUACUGAGUCGAUUUUCAAUUGGGGGUUCAACAAGGCCGAAAAGGCAAGAGCAAUGGCCAUUGAACAGUAUGACAAGGCUAACAAGCAUUAUAACGAGCUACAAGAGCAAUACAAGUCUCAAAAAGGGUUGUUGUCCAGUGGCGACCAAAAACUGAGGGAACAGGUCGAAGCUGCCAAGGACGAAGUUGCCAAAUACAAGCAACAACUUCAAGAAGCUUCUGAACGUUACUCCAAAUAUGCAUCCGACGAUAUUAAUGAACUGUCCAACAGGCUUGAAGCACAGGACCGUGAGAUCAGGGAAAAGGGAUUUUUCAACUGGCUUGCCGGUAGGGACAAAGAUGGCGUUGAUCAACACAACGUUGACAAAAUUGCGUCCAAAAGUGUUUCCGGAUGGGGUGAGACCGCUGAGGCCUUGGCCAAAGAGGAAUUGGACGAAAUGGUUAGAAACAGACAAAUUGGACCCAGUGAGGCGCAAAAGCGUCUCGAUGAUUUGAAGAAUAUCAGAAAAGAGGGUUGGUUUACGUAUCAGGGCAAGAACGAUGAACAACUCGCCAAAAGAGCUGCCAAAGCUUUGGAAGGUUGGGGUGAGACUGCCUCUGAAAUGGCACGUGAGGAAUACGAGGAAAUUGUCCAAGGACGUGCACGUCCCGACGUUAUUUCCGACAAAGUCGACAAGGCCAGACAAAGAUUGGACGAAGCUAAGAAACAAUUAGAUGACAGUGCUGGUAGUUGGUGGUCAUUUGGCAAGGAGAAAAAGAACGAGUUACAUGAAAAGGCCCAAGAACAGUACAAGCAAGCAGAACAGGAUUAUCAAUCUACGUUGAAUUCCGUAUCUGAGUGGUCCGACAAGGCAAAGGGUAAAUUCUGGUCCAAUGCCAAUUCUGCUAUUGAUUCUACAAAACAAGGUGCAGACACUUUGCAUGCCAAGACUAAAGAGGGUCUAAACGCGGCAAAGGAUUACGUUCAGGACAAGAAGUAA